AUGCCCAAGAGGAAGGUGAGCUCGGCCGCGAAGGACGAGCCCAAGCGCAGGUCGGCCAGGCUGUCCUCCAAACCGGCUCCUGCGAAAGUGGAAGCAAAGCCAAAAAAAGCAGCGGGAAAGGAUAAACCUUCAGACAAAAAAGUGCAAGCAAAAGGGAAGAGGGGAGCAAAGGGCAAGCAGGCUGAAGUGACUAAGCCAGAGACUAAAGAAGACCUACCUGCCGAGAACAGAGAGGCAAAGAGCAAGGAGAGUCCAACCUCUGAGGAGGUGGGAGAGGAAGACGCCAAGGCUGAGUAG